CUCUUUCGCGGUUCACUUUCAACAAACUUGGACGACAACCCCGCAUCCACUCUUGCGUCCCCCUCCCGAUCCAAAUCCACGCCAACUACUCUAAACGACCUUUCGAAGAUGGUCGCUAGCGCCGGGUCAAUCACGGUCGCAGUGCGUGUUCGCCCGCCCAACUCCUGGGAGGCUGCCAGGCUACCAGAGCCAUGCUACGAUACUACAAUUCGAGGCGAGGGUGCCCUUUCUACUCCACGGACAACGACUGCCAAUACUUCCUCCCUUCGCGAAGUGGUCCAAAUCAUCGACGACCGCAUCCUUACCUUCGAUCCCGCCGAGACGGACCCGUCAAAGGCUUUCCUAGAGCGCGGAUUUCUCCCACCAGGAACGAAGCGGUACAAAGACAAGCGGUUCAUGUUUGACCGGGUCUUCAACGACGAAGCCCAGCAACAAGACGUCUAUCAAGCCACAGCGCAACCGCUGCUCCAAGGAGUCCUCGAUGGCUACAAUGCGACCGUGUUUGCUUAUGGGGCAACGGGUUGUGGCAAAACCCAUACUAUCAGUGGCACCGAGACAGACCCUGGUAUCAUCUACCUGACCAUGGCGGACCUUUUCCAGCGCAUCGAUGACAGACGUGACGAGUGGACGGUGGAGGUCAUGGUCACGUUCCUCGAAAUUUACAACGAGGAAAUUCGCGAUCUACUCGCCGACCCCAGCACGCCAUCACCUCGUGGUGGACUUUGCAUUCGAGAAGACAAGACUGUGAAGGUCUCAGGACUGGUUGAACUAAGGCCAAACUCGGCAGAGGAGGUCAAAGAGAUUGUCCUUCUUGGAAAUACGCGUCGGACACAGAGCCCAACACUGGCCAAUGCCACGAGUUCGCGGUCACAUGCUGUUCUCCAAGUCCAUAUCACCCAAAGUCCCAGAACGGCGUCUCUUUCUGAAGAACGCACGAUGGCAACGCUGUCCAUCAUCGAUCUGGCGGGUAGCGAACGCGCUGCUGCGACAACGAAUAUGGGCCAACGGAUGGUAGAGGGCGCCAACAUCAACAAAUCACUUCUCGCGUUGGGGAACUGCAUCAAUGCAUUGUGCGAGAGUGGUGGGGCAGUUCGUCAUGUCCCUUACCGGAACAGCAAGCUUACCCGUCUCCUCAAAUUCUCCUUGGGCGGCAAUUGCAAAACCGUCAUGAUUGUUUGCAUCGCACCUACCUCCAACCACUUCGAUGACACCCAUAACACACUUGUCUACGCCGACCGUGCAACCAAGAUUAAAACCAAGGUCGUUACCCGCAACAUUCUCAAUGUGGACCGGCACGUGGGAAGAUACGUCGAGGCCAUUAACCGUCUCAAUGUAGAGGUGGAGGAGCUUAAAGCGAAACUCGCGGGAAAGAAUCAAGCAGAAAACGACAUCCAGCGAAGAAAGAAGGCGGAGGCAGCGGCCGAAGUAGAGCGCUCUCGCAAGGAUGUCCGGCUCAAAUUCGAGCAAACUACUGCCUCGAUUGUCGAUGGUGCUAUUUGCACUGGUAAACUCUCUGUCGCCAAGAGCAAACUAGACGCGAUAAACGCUCGCCUGAGGCAAAUCAAUGCCUCAGGUCCGCUGUCGCCCGAUCUGGAGGCUGAGAAGGCUCUCUUGCAAGCUCUGGCUGGUCCAGAAGAGCAAACCACUCAAUCCGACUCGCCCCUUACCGCUCGUCUGAAGAGAUCGUCCAACUCGAGCGCUAUGUUUGAUGCCACUAUGCGCGCAGUCUCAGAAAGACGGUCAGAAAGGUUGGAUGAUGUGAGUGGGGAGAAUGUCAAACUCGAAGCUAGAUGCAGCAAAGCGGAGAUGGAGAAGCUCAAAGCAGAAGGAGAGCGCGACUCGUUGAAGGAGGCUGUCCAAGAUAUGUCGCAAACCUUGGUCCACUUGGUUGGGAUGCUGAGUCGCUGUACCGUGUUGCUGGGUGAUGCGGCAACGUCGCUGGGCAGUUCUGGUGGGCCUGAUGAUGUCCCCAGGGUAGCAGCAAUCUUGGGUACAAUGCGCGAAAAGAACGAUGAAGCCUUCACCAAAUUGGUUGGCCACUCUACUGCUUCUUACAACAACAGCGCUGGUUUGACUGAUGAUUUCACGGGAUAUGCCGAUGCUGGAUAUACCCGUCGGAUUAGCUCUGGUCCUGCUGCGUUGCAACAAACCUCGACGACAACUGCUGUGGUUAGCUCUAGACGCUCAUCAUCUUAUGGCUCUCGCCCCUCGACCGCCAAUACCUCCGUUUCCAAUACAUCUGCAGGCUCACCGAGAAGGACAUAUCGAGCACCUCGCAAGUCGCUGCGAUCAAGUGCUCAGCCCUACCGACGUGUCGCUGACAAGGAGAAAAAGAGUGUGCAAUGGAGGGACGAGGCCGGACAGGGCGACUUGAAUGCCAUUUCGUUCAUUCCGGCAGAUACAUCCUCAUCAUGGUCCAUGGACGACAGCUCUUUGCCGCAACGCAGUACGUCUUUGGGUGGCUCAGAAAGUGAAUGGGAAGACGAAAAAACAGACGACAGUCUGAAUUCGGCUUCUGCACCACCAGCACGGUCAUAUGGCUCCCUUGGCGUAGCAGGCGCUAAACGCUCCAGGCCCAGUCGACUUGACCCAGGUUUCCUCAAAUCGAAGACCAAGCGAACAGCUUUGGGUAGCCUUGCGGAAGACGACGAAUCUAGCAGCAGCCCCGAGAAGCCCCAGCGGAUACUUUCCGACGUUAUGAACCAAUUAGACAAUCCCGAACUCGCAAGCCCUUCGAAGAGGCAUACACAAGCCAAAAACGGGAAUCCGUUGGGGAGGAGUACGGGUGGCAGAAGACGUUCAGCCAUUGGUACUUCGCGCAACGAGAAAGGGCGGAGAAGGUCGAGCCUGAUUCCGCAGCUUUCGCCCUCGAACGGUGAACCGAAGCUCAAACGGGUUUUGCUGGCGAGCCCGGCCAAACGAACGAAGCGGGUGUCGCUGACCAAGAUGCCCAAGCUUUCGACAGGCAGAACGUCUCUGAUGGCCAACCUCGCUGCACUUGCGCCAGAUCCCAAUAAUAUCAGCGCUGAUUUGAGCAUGAAUAAGGGCGCUGCCCAAUCUAAACCAACAUGGCGCUGA